UGGGCGGUGGCAAUGCGGAAGGAUGAGGAACAGAGGAAGCUUGUGCUUUGCUCCUAUCGCUCUGAAGCCGAGUUUGUACUUUAGAAAGCGCUGUGUUAAGGGAGAAACCCGUUAAAACACCAACGAGUUUAUGUUCUUUAUAAUAAAUCAUUUAGUUUACAACACACCGUCUUAAAAAAAAAAGGACAAAAGGCAUUUUGUUCACUAAAUCAAGGAGUACCGGUGGAGAACUUGGUGACGCAGUUUUCUUCUUGAACGAUUUGAAGAGACUGGCAGGGCGGUGGCGCCUUAAGAAAAAUGCCAGGACGUAAUAAUAAUAAUUCUGAGGAUAACGUGUUUAUGAUUUCACUGUGGCUGGGGCUGGCCUUGUUUAUUGGCAGUGUGUCUGGACAAUGUGAGUACCCUCCAAGUUAUCCCAAUACCAUACUGAAAGAAGAACAUCAAACUCAAGGGCCAGCUGACUUUGUAGAGGGGUUUCAAGUCGCUUAUACAUGUCAGAGUGGGUAUGUACCGAAAAGUGGAUCUCCAAAAAUCACUUGUACCGGUUCACAGUGGUCACCUCUGACCUUGGUGUGUGAACGCCGAUCAUGUGGAAGUCCAGGAGAGAUACUUAAUGGACACUUUAAUACUGAUGAGGGUGUUCUUUUUGGAGACAAGGCUUUGGCAGUUUGUGAUGAAGGAUUCCAGUUGGCAGGCAGUGGUGUCAGAUACUGUCGCGCUACUGGCUGGGACGGUGCCAUUCCUAUAUGUGAAAGUAUAAAGUGUCCAGACCCUCCUUCGGUUGUAAAUGGUGAAAUCACAAACCCACCUCAGGAAACUGUCACGUUUGGCACAUCCAUUACCUACACAUGUAGUAAAGGGGUUCUGGUGGGUAAUAGUGAGCUUGUUUGCACCAAAUAUGGAAACUACAGUAGUGAUCCUCCAACAUGUAAAGAUCACAAAGGCUGCCCUUCUGUUCAAGUGUUAAAUGCUGUUAAGACAGCUGGAUUUGGACCAGUUUAUAAAUAUAAGGAUUCCAUUACCUUUGCUUGUAAUCUUGGGUAUAUUCUUAAAGGCACUGCCACUGUUAACUGUGGAGUAAAUGAAACUUGGGAACCUGAACUUCCGACUUGUUUAAAAGCUCCAACCACCACAACAACCAGGACCACCACAACCACAGAAGUGCCUCCAGAAUCCUCUCCUGGAGGAUGUGGUAAAACAUGUGGAAUCAUCCUUGGAGUACUUGUUCCUGUCAUAUUGGUGGUUGUUGCUCUUCUGGUCUAUUGCCUGUGUUUCAGAAAUACGAAAGGCUCAUACCAUACUACAGAAAUACAUGAAGUUAGUUUGGCUGUUAAAGAUGUCUGCGGAACACAGGAAUGAUUGAGAUUGAGUUUAAAAAGGAAAUCCUCUUCUCCUUCUCGCAGUGCUGCUGCUUAUUAAAUUAAUGCUGUUCAGCUGAAUAGGAUUCUGUGGUGUGCAUCAGUACAGACACUAUGAUGUGAUUUUAAUUUUAUUUCACUGAAAAGUAAAUUGUGUGCACAACUAACUUUCAGCAGCACAGUAAGUAGUGCUGUAGUAGUAAGUUUGAAAUAAAUAGUUUAUUAGAUCUUGCAUGUGAUACCAUCUGAAGAUGUUUGU